AUGCCCUCACAAGCAGCUCUCCUCAUUGGAGGCAUUACCCACGCCCGCAAGGAGUGGGAGAGCCUCUCCUCCAUCUUGACGCUGAAAGAAUUUCCGAGCGGGAAUCGCGCAGAGUUCAUCCAAAACUGCAAGGCUGGCCAAUAUGAUGAUGUGGUCGCUAUCUACCGCUCCAACACCUCCAACCAGUUCACCGGAAACUUUGAUGCCGAGUUGCUCGCAGCCCUGCCGCAGUCUGUCCGCUACAUCUGCCACAAUGGAGCUGGGUAUGACAAUAUUGACGUAGCCACCUGCUCGCAACGAAACAUUGCGGUCUCCAGCACCCCGGUGGCUGUGAACAAUGCCACCGCCGACGUAGGCAUUUUCCUUAUGAUUGGCGCAUUGCGACAGGCCUAUGUGCCGCAGGCUGCUCUGCGAGCUGGCCAAUGGCACGGACAGACUACCCUGGGCCAUGAUCCCAAGAACAAGGUCCUUGGAAUUCUAGGAAUGGGAGGUAUCGGACGGGAAAUGGCCAUUCGGGCCAAGGCAUUUGGCAUGACGAUCCAAUAUCACAACCGCUCCCGUCUGCCUGCCGAGCUGGAGAACGGUGCCACUUACGUUUCUUUUGAUGAGCUUUUGGCAAACGCUGACGUUCUGAGUCUGAACCUGGCGCUCAACGCAUCGACGCGGCACAUCAUUGGUGCUACGGAGUUUGGGAAGAUGAAGGACGGCGUGGUGGUCGUCAACACCGCACGAGGAGCAUUGAUCGAUGAGAAGGCGCUGGUCGCAGCACUCGAUUCUGGGAAGGUUCGCUCCGCCGGCUUGGAUGUGUACGAGGAAGAGCCGAAGAUCCAACCUGGACUGGUUAAUAACCCCCGAGUGAUGCUGCUCCCGCACAUUGGCACAAUGACCUACGAAACACAGAAGGAGAUGGAGGUUUUGGUCUUGGAUAACCUGAAGUUGGCCGUUGAGAAGGGCGAGUUGAUUACACAGGUGCCUGAACAGAAGCGAUAG